UAGUAGUGCUGAGACAGACUCCCAGAAGAUCUCAGCAAGUCGCGUAGCUGAGCCCGGCAGGUCCUGUGAGGUCGUGCUGCUGCUAUGAGCUGCACCAUCGAGAAGAUCCUGACAGACGCCAAGACGCUGCUGGAGAGGCUGCGGGAGCACGAUGCGGCCGCCGAGUCGCUGGUGGAUCAGUCGGCGGCGUUGCACCGGCGGGUAGCCUCUAUGCGGGAGGCGGGGACAGCGCUUCCGGAUCAGUAUCAAGAGGAUGCAUCCGAUAUGAAAGACAUGUCCAAAUACAAACCUCACAUUCUGCUGUCCCAAGAGAACACACAGAUUAGAGACUUGCAGCAGGAAAACAGAGAGCUGUGGGUUUCCUUGGAGGAACACCAGGAUGCUUUGGAACUCAUCAUGAGCAAGUACCGGAAACAGAUGUUACAGUUAAUGGUUGCUAGAAAAGCUGUGGAUGCUGAACCAGUCCUGAAAGCUCACCAGUCUCACUCUGCAGAAAUUGAGAGUCAGAUUGACAGAAUCUGUGAAAUGGGAGAAGUGAUGAGGAAAGCAGUUCAGGUGGAUGAUGACCAGUUUUGUAAGAUUCAGGAAAAAUUAGCCCAGUUAGAGCUUGAAAAUAAGGAACUUCGAGAAUUAUUGUCCAUCAGCAGUGAGUCUCUUCAAGCCAGAAAGGAAAACUCAAUGGACACUGCUUCGCAAGCCAUCAAAUAACUGAACUCUGAAUGAUGGCUGGAGAUUGUCUAUCAAGGAAGGAAGUUGUUAUCUUCCCAUUCAAGUACUGUUCAUUAAGUGUCUUGCCUCAGAUUUGAUUUAAUCGUGAUUAAAGUUAUCAGGUGGCAAUUUAGAAUUUCCAGUCAA